GCAAACGGGAGAAUGUGUUCAUAUGCGUAUAUUUGUAUGAUGCAUUCCAAAACUACUUUAAUUAGAAAGACACUUACAGUCUGAAUAGCGUUAAUCAAACCAGUAAUAAUGAAACAUCAACGAGAUCGUGACAGCUCUCUCUCUCUCUCUCUCUCUCUCUCCAAAACAGUAAGCAGGUGAAGGGCAGUGUGAGAAAGAGAGGGAGGAGAAUGACAGGAAGACAUAGCAGGUGAGGAAACAAUGAGCUGAGCAGAAGACAAGACUGGCAGAAGACGCAGAAAUUGAGUUUGAAAGCAUUUGAUGACAUUACGGAUUCUACUAAUUGUGAGAUGCUUGUGACAUUGCUAUCUGUAGCCAUGGUGAUGCUGACAGGUCACCUGAUAUAUGGCCUCCCUAUGGACAGUAAAGUGAGAAGACCCAGAGCCCUGUCAGAUGAUUGCACUUCUCUGUGUCCAGCAGGAGAAUACCUAGGAGACAUACGAAACUGUGAUUGUCUUCCAUGCUCCUCUGGUUUCUUCACCAGUGAGAGGAACAGAGAAACCAGUUGCCACCGCUGCUUCCAGAGCUGCGAUGCUGAUUCCUAUAUGGAGGUGGUUAAGGAGUGUACGAAGACAUCAGAUGUAGAGUGUCGCUGUCAGAAGGGUUAUGUAUGUGCCACGAUAGACAACUACAUAGGCCAAUGUCUGGAGUGUGUUCCCAUCAUCACGCCUACCCUGUCCUACACCUCCUCUGACGUCCUUUCAUCCACCUCUUCAUCCACCGCUUCAUCCACCACUUCAUCCACCACUUCAUCCUCAAGUGCACAGAGCUUGCUGGGUAACUAUAACUUGGUUUAA